AUGUCGGUCGUCGACGAUACCGUCGCGCAGCUCUUGUGCGUGCAUCUCGGGCUCGUCGACGCCGCCAGUCUGCCGCCUGCCACCAGCGUGCGCUCGUUCCGUGACUUGUACCGUCUCCCCCUGCGCUCGUUCCGCGACAAGUGUGCGCUCCUGCGCGCCGCCGAGGCCACCGGCUGCUCGGCGGUGAUCCUCGACGUGCUCCUCUUUGUCUCGGAGACGAUGGCGCCGCAGCUGUUUUGGAAGCAGCUGGUCGCGGCGCCGCUGUCGUUAAAUCAGUGGGUCUUUUACCUCGUCGAACAGUGCAUGGUCACGAACGACACGGUAUCGCUCGGUGCGUUGCGGGGGCUGGUGGGGCUGCACACCGGUACGCACCGGUAUCGAGAGCUCGCCGCCAUGCUCCUGUCGCUCGUGUUCUACGACAAAGAGCCCCACCGGUCGCUCGCAGUGGCGGCCGACGUGCUGGGGAUCGCCGGCCCCUUCCGCCACCGCUUCCCGUCGGGCGUCGUGGACCUGCUGGACGAGUACGUGGCGCUGACGAAGCUGCAGAUGGAGACGGAGCGCGAAGACGCCGGCACGGCCCCAGAGGUCUGCACGCGACAGGCGUUCAUGGACAAGCGGUCUCGAGGCGCGAGCAACUUGCAGGCGAACUGGCGCAUGCGGUCCGUCGAGCUCACGGCGACGGAGAUUGUGUACUACAAACACGACGGCAAACUCGAGUGGACGGGGCGACGAGCGGCUGGCGACGCGGCAGCAACGAGCAGGAAGAAGGGCAGUCUCGCGCUCACGCGAGGGAUGCAGGUGGACACGCUCGACUACCGGGGCAAGUUCUCGCUGCGUCCGUGGUGCGUGCGCCUCUGUGACGCAGCUGGAUGCGAGCAGCUGAUCUUGGACGCGUUCACGCCCGAGGGACAGCGGCAGUGGGUGGCUGCGAUCACGUGCAACGUGAAGCGUCUGCAGCUUGACCCUCGUUGGCUCGCGUUCCCGCGACGGUGCGUGCACCGCAUGACCGUGAGCGAGUUCCUGCGCUACUCGAUGCUGUACCACGGGGACGCGAGCAAGUCGCACACGCGCCACAGCGCGUGCCAGCCAGGGCUGCUCCGUGAACGGUUCAAGAUUGACCCCAAGCGCUAUUUAUUCUCGGCCCUCUUGACCUGUGCAUUGGUGCGGGAUUGGAAAACAAUGGAGGCGCUCGUGCAGCCGCGCAGUGCCAAGUCGGCCAUCGUCUCGCUCUUUCUAGGCGGAAACAACGGCAAAGUAUCAAGUGCGUCAGGUUUAACAAUGUCGUCAGCGUGGAGUUCGACUCCUGCUCCUGCUCCAUCUCCCUAUUCUGCCUGGUCUGGCAGCACGAACGCUGCGUCGUCCUCGUCGAGUCGGCCGUCGGUUUCGUCAAAUAGUGCUCCUCCUCCUCGUCCUGUACCUGCGGGCAUGACUGAGGUCCAGGCGAUGGUCGACGCGAGUGCCAUCGGAUACGGAGCGAUCCUGGAUAUUGCGGAGCAGCGACAUGCCCCACCGAGUUUACUAGCGCUGUUGGAAUCGUUGCACGCGAAGAAUGACCUGAAGCGCGACCGUUCGACUGGCUGGGCCUGUCGUCGAGACGUGGAUGCCAGCGACGCCGCGUCGAUGAAAAUCACCAUCGAAAUCCCAGAGAGUGUUCACGUCGACACGAACUGGGAGUGA